AUGCCGAAAUAUUAUUGUGAUUACUGUGAUACUUUUUUGACACAUGACUCCCCAUCUGUUCGAAAGACCCACAAUGGAGGUAGGAAGCACAAGGAGAAUGUGAGGAUGUACUAUCAAGGAUGGAUGGAGCUCCAAGCUCAAAAGUUGGUUGAUGCCACUGCCAAAGCCUUCACACAACAGAGGAUGCUCACUAACAGUCAUAUGGCUGGACAAAUUCCUAUGGUUGGUUUUUUAAAAAGUGAUAUUGGCUACAGUUUAGUAAAUAAUAGCUUUUUAUAUUAAGUUAGCUGAUUUUAAAGAAUAACCUUCUGUUGUGCCGAAUUUUGAAGCCAUUUUUGAUUGAUUUGGGUAAAAAUGAAACUGUUUUAUGGCUUGGGAUUUUUGGUAAUUGAACAGACGGUUAAUUUAUUCAUUUCCAGCCUGGUAGACCUCCAGUUCUUCCACCAACAGCCAUGAUUCGACCGCCAGUCCAAUUCCCUUACCUACCUCAAGGUCUUCCGAUGGGAAUCCGCCCAGGUCUUCCUCCAGGCGCUCCACAAUUCCCAGGCCAAAUUCCUGUACCAGGCCAGAUCGCUGGAGUCAUGCCGGGUCAACUACCACCUCAACUACAACACAUGAUUCCACCAAGGCUGCCACCAACUUCAUAA